AUGCAGAAGAUCCCCCUGCAGCAGCUCGGCUCUGGCCCCAUCGCUAAUGCCUCGCCGGGAUCAAUAGACAUGUCACAACUUCGCCAACAGCAGCAGCAACUCACUCCAAACCAACAACAACAACAGCUUCAACAACAACAACAACAACAACCACAGCCUCAGUUUUUGCAAAUGCCACAACAGCUUCAUCAAGUUUCUCCGCAACAGAUUCAGCAGAUUCCUCCGCAACAGCUCCAGAAUCUACAACAGCAAUUUUUACAGCAGCAGCAGCAGCAGCAGCAGUUUCAACAGCAUCAGCAGUUUCAACAACAGCUUCAGUUACAACAACAACAACAACAACAACAACAACAGCAGCAGCAGCAGCAGCAGCAGCAACAACAACAACAGCAGCAACCACAACAGCAGCAGCAACAACAACAGCCACAGCCACAGCAGCAACUGCACUCACAACAGGGUCAAUCUGCAGCAGCUGCAGCAGCAGCUGCGGCCGCGGUGGCCUCUGGAUUACCUCCUGGACAAAAUAUGUUUCUUACGAAUCAACAACUGCAAGCCUUAACUUUUGCACAGUUCCAAGCCCAGGCUCAAAAUCAGCCUUCUCAAAUUCAAAUACCUGUGCAAGCGCAGGCUCAAGCCAGGGCACAAGCACAGGCACAAGCUCAAGCUGCUCAGGCUGCUCAGGCCGCCCAAGUCCAAGCGCAAGCGCAAGCGCAGGCUCAAGCACAGGCUCAAGCACAAGCACAAGCACAGGCACAAGCACAAGCUCAAGCACAAGCUCAGGCUCAGGCUCAAGCGCAAGCACGAGCACAAGCACAGGCUCAGGCUCAGGCUCAAGCACAAGCACAAGCACGAGCACAAGCACAGGCUCAGGCUCAGGCUCAGGCUCAAGCUCAGGCUCAAGCGCAAGCACAAGCGCAAGCGCAGGCUCAAGCGCAGGCUCAAGCGCAGGCACAAGCUCAAGCGCAGGCUCAAGCACAAGCUCAGGCUCAGGCUCAAGCGCAAGCACGAGCACAAGCACAGGCUCAGGCACAGGCACAGGCUCAGGCACAGGCACAGGCUCAGGCUCAGGCUCAGGCUCAGGCUCAGGCUCAGGCUCAGGCUCAGGCUCAGGCUCAGGCUCAGGCUCAGGCUCAGGCUCAGGCUCAGGCUCAGGCUCAGGCUCAGGCUCAGGCUCAGGCUCAGGCUCAGGCCCAGGCCCAGGCCCAGGCUCAAGCACAAGCACAAGCACAAGCACAGGCUCAAGCACAAGCCCAAGCCCAAGCUCAAGCUCAAGCUCAAGCUCAAGCUCAAGCUCAAGCUCAAGCUCAAGCUCAAGCACAAGCACAAGCACAAGCCCAAGCACAAGCACAAGCCCAAGCACAGGCUCAAGCUGCUCAAGCUGCUCAGGCCGCCCAAGCCCAGGCUCAGGCUCAGGCUCAAGCACAAGCACAGGCUCAAGCACGGGCUCAAGCACAGGCUCAAGCACAGGCCCAAGCCCAAGCUCAAGCUGCUCAGGCCGCUCAGGCCGCCCAAGCCCAAGCCCAAGCCCAAGCCCAAGCUCAAGCUCAAGCUCAAGCACAAGCUCAAGCUCAGGCUCAAGCACGGGCUCAAGCACAGACUCAGGCUCAGGCCCAGGCUCAAGCACAAGCGCAGGCUCAAGCGCAGGCUCAAGCACAGGCUCAAGCACAAGCACAAGCACAAGCACAAACUCAAGCACAAGCUCAAGCACAAGCACAAGCACAAGCUCAGGCUCAAGCUCAAGCUCAAGCUCAAGCGCAAGCACAAGCACAAGCACGAGCACAAGCUCAAGCUCAGGCUCAGGCUCAAGCGCAGGCUCAAGCGCAGGCUCAAGCUCAGGCUCAGGCCCAGGCCCAGGCUCAAGCACAAGCACAAGCACAAGCACAAGCACAAGCACAAGCACAAGCACAAGCACAAGCACAAGCACAAGCACAAGCACAAGCACAAGCACAAGCACAAGCACAAGCACAAGCCCAAGCACAGGCUCAAGCUGCUCAAGCUGCUCAGGCUGCUCAGGCCGCCCAAGCCCAGGCUCAGGCUCAGGCUCAGGCUCAGGCUCAGGCUCAGGCUCAGGCUCAGGCUCAGGCUCAGGCUCAGGCUCAGGCUCAGGCUCAGGCUCAGGCUCAGGCUCAGGCUCAGGCUCAAGCACAAGCACAGGCUCAAGCACAGGCUCAAGCACAGGCUCAAGCACAGGCUCAAGCACAGGCUCAAGCACAGGCUCAAGCACAGGCUCAAGCACAGGCUCAAGCACAGGCUCAAGCACAGGCUCAAGCACAGGCUCAAGCACAGGCUCAAGCACAAGCCCAAGCCCAAGCUCAAGCACAGGCUCAAGCACGGGCUCAAGCACGGGCUCAAGCACAAGCACAAGCACAAGCACAAGCACAAGCACAAGCACAAGCACAAGCACAAGCACAAGCACAAGCACAAGCACAAGCACAAGCACAAGCACAAGCACAAGCACAAGCACAAGCACAAGCACGAGCACAAGCUCAGGCUCAGGCUCAGGCUCAAGCGCAGGCUCAAGCGCAGGCUCAGGCCCAGGUUCAAGCACAAGCUGCUCAAGCCCAACCUCAAGGUGGGCCUAAUACUCCAAUUCAGAUACCUGUUCAAGCUCAUACUCAGGCUGUCCAGGCACAAGUUAGGGCUCAAGCCCAAGCACAAGCACAAGCCCAAGCCCAAGCCCAAGCCCAAGCUCAGCUCCAGGCCCAGGCUCAGGCUCGUGCACAAGCUCAAGCGCAGGCUCAAGCUCAAGCGCAGGCUCAAGCACAAGCUCAAGCAAGAGCAGCUCAAGUAGCUCAAGCCCAAAAUCAAAACCAACAAUCCCGUUUACAAGGUCCUGGGGGUCUCCAGAUACAACUGCCCAGUCAACCUAUUUCUGUCCCUCCAGGAACGAUCCCACAAACUCCAAACUCUAUUUCUGUUUCUACGCCGGCUCAACAAAAUGCCUCCUCGAUAGCGUCUGUUCCAAGUGCAGGAAAUACUCCAAACUCAUCUGGAACCGCGCCAGGAUCGGCCGCCCACAGACCGAACCGUCCCACCCCUACUACCCCGGGACCAAUGAACAGCAUGAAUCUUCAGGGCCCUAAUUCCGAUAAUAAUAAGGGCGUUAAUGUACCAGCAGGUGUGUCCAUUAAUGCAGGAGCUGCACCUCGGCCAGUCGCAGGACCUAUAACAGUCAAUGGAACCCCAGUGAUUGCACAGAAUAUGACCAAUAAUGCUAAUAUUGCUAAUCAAACAAGUGCGCCUGUGGCCCUCAAUUCAAUGUAUAUGCAACGGCUCCAACCUCAGCAACAACAAUCCCAGCAGCAACAACAACAACAACAAGCUCAACAGCAACAGCAAACUCAGUUGGCUGCUCAAGCACCAAUCCCCAGUCAGAUCGGUCCGAGCCAAAUACAAGGUCCUCAGACUCAAUCACAGGCCCAAGCUGCCCUUCAGUCCCACCAGUCGCCUCCUCAGGCUUCUCCCAGCAUGACCCCAAAUCUCAGCAAUAAUCCUCAGGCAUUUAAGCAGCAGCAGCAGCAGCAGCAGCAACAACAACAACAACAACAGAAUCACCCCCAGGUUAUUGCACAAUCAAUCCAACCACAACAGCAAAUGCAUCCUUAUUAUCUUCCUCAAUACCAAUUUCAGUUCCAGCCUCAACAAGUCUUCAUGACACCUCAGCAGGCACAGCUCCAGCAAAUGGCUCAACAGCAAGCAGCGGCACAGGCAGCAGCUCAAGCUUCUCAACUACCGCAGCAGCAACAGCAGGUGAAAACACCAGUUCCACAAGUAGAACAGCAAAAGCCAAUGCUACCAGGUCAAUCUGGCCAGCCAGGUCAACAACAGUCACAUCCACCUCAGAUUUUGGCUCAGCCUUCGCAAGGAUCGCCACAUCCGCCAACUCCUACUCAGAUCCCUUCGCAACAAAUGCCAGUGCAUCAAAUCCCAAUGCGCAUGCAGCAGCAACAACAGCAACCACAACAGCAACACAGAACAACACCAAAACCUUCACCAAGCUCUCUACCUUCUAACCAAUCUCCUGUUAUUCAGAUGCAGCAUCCGCCCAUGAUCGUUGGACAAGCUAGCCUUCCUUUUGGUCAACAACCUACUCCUCAGCAGGGUCAUUAA